AUGGCACAGCCCGUCGUGGCAUCAUCCUCCGUUCCGUUGGUGCCACUGGCUCUCGCCGACUACCGCGCUGCCUUUCUUCGCGAGGUUGCACAAGGACACCGCCGCCACAUUGUCCUGCCACAAGCCCUCGUCACCACGCUCAUUCUGCCGAUUGUUUGGAUCGCUAUUCCCCACCACGAUCGUUCUUGGCUUUGGCGCUCGAGAUGGUUCAUCUUUGCGCUAGUUUUCCUCGCCAACUGCGAGCAGGCGGCGCGGGCGUCGAGCGUCAAUGUGGCGUGGGCGGUGAUUUCGGGGCUCAUGUCGACAUAUGGAACCAUGUUGUGCUUCCAGUAUAUGAUUUUGACUAACCCACAGCGUGAUGCCGCCAGAAUCAUCCGAGUGGCUUGUGGGAAAGACGCAGCUUGCGCCGAGUGCGACGCGCCGCCACCACCGCACGCCUUUGUCAAGCCAGAACAUGCUACCGGUCGUGAAAUCGCAGCCACAGAAUCGCACAUUCGGCUUCGAGGCGGAGAAAACGGCACAGCAUCGCGAAAUGUCAGUCGCCCUGAAAAUGGACGACAUGUACGCUACGUUUGGCAGCGCUUCCCGUCCAAAGCACCCCUGCUUGACAGGCUGGGCUGGGCUGCAGAUCUUGUCCUCAGCUUUCGCGGAUCUGGUUGGAACACCUCAAUAUCUGUGAUCCCCAGGCCCUAUACGCCGAACCCCGUGCAGGAUGGACAGCUGGUCAAUGUAACGUCUGUUCCCUCAGUCACCAAGCACGGUUUCGAAUAUUUGCAUCCUCCCGCAGCGUUUCUCUGGCACCGGCUCAAAGUAUUCAUGGGGGCAUAUCUCAUGCUGGACUUUCUCGGCACAUUCAUGAUAAAGGACCCAUAUUUUGUCUUUGGCCGGGAAAAGUCUGUAGAGUAUGCCCUGCCCUGGUACUUGGCCGGCUUGUCUCCGUGGCGUCUCGAAGCGUACCGACAGCUGUUCUCCAUCACCGGCGCCUUUGUAGCCGUGGCGGCGGCGUCCAGCUUGGUGGAUAUGCUUCACUACUGCGCUAAUCUGCACUGCAACCCGUCUCGAAACGUCCCCUGGAUAUAUGCCUCUGCCUUUGGCUCUCUCGGCGAGGUAUUUGACCGAGGUCUCGAGGGAUUUUGGGGCUCCUGGUGGCACCAAACCUUUCGGCAGCAGUUCUUGGGUCCUUCAGCGUUCCUCGUCAAGCAUGGAUGGAUACAAAAGGGCACAGCCGUGGGGAACCUCGUGGCCCUACUGAGCACGUUUGCCGUCUCAGGCCUCUUGCAUGCCUCGGGAAGCCUAUCAUCCAUGCCCCAGACCAAGCUCUGGCGGCAGCCGGCUUUCUUCUUGCUGCAGGCUGUCGGAAUCAUUGUGCAGCAGCAGCUCGCUUUCCUCGCGCACAAGGUCUUGCCAGCCGUCGGCAUCGCCACGCGGCGUGCUGGGAAUGCGCUAUUCACGUUCCUGUGGCUCUAUGGCACAGCAAACUUUUUCAACGACGACAUGGCUGCCAUGGGCAUUUACCUGUUGGAACCUGUGCCUCUCUCCAUAUUCAGAGCGGCGGGGCUUGGCUUCCCUGGCGACGCAAUCUGGCGCUGGGACGGCUAUUACCUCUUCCGAUGGCAUUCGGGGCGUCGGUGGUGGCAGAGCGGCCUCACAAUUUAG